AGUUUGAGCCGUUGAGAAAACAAACAACCUGUUGCUUGUAAGUUUUGAACCCAUGGUAUUUGUCUACAGUGUAAAAUGUGUGAGGAGGGACGAGUGAAGAGCUGGAAAAUGUCUGAGCUAAGCGACGAGGCCAGUGAGUCGGAGCAGCUGGGUGCCAGCCUCUCCUUGUGGCUGGGUGACACCCUGGUGCGACCCGAGGAGCUGGAUGUUCCUCUGGACCUCCAUACCGCCUGCUCCAUCGGCCAGUACGACGUGGUGGCAGAGUGCAUCAAAAAGCGUGAGGUGAACCUGGAUGGUAAGAACAUUGGAGGAUGGACCCCACUGAUGUAUGCAUCGUACAUUGGACAUGACAACAUUGCAAAUCUCCUGCUGGAGGCUGGUGUGAAUGUAAAUGCUACGACUGCCAAAGGUCUGACCCCCUUGAUGUUGGCAGCGAGCUGUGGCAAUGAAAGUAUUGCAUACUUCCUGCUUCAGCAAGGUGCGGAGUUGGAGUUAAAGGACUCUCAGGGCUGGACCGCUCUGUUCCACUGUACGAGCACAGGCCACCAGCAGAUGGUCAAGUUCCUGCUGGAUAACAAUGCUGAUGCUAAUGUCAAGGAGCCAGGGUCUGGUUUCACUCCUCUGAUGGAGGCUGCUGCUUCAGGACAUGAAAUCAUAGUUCAGUACCUGCUUGAUCAUAAAGUUAAAGUAGAUGACCGGAAUGCUAAAGGAGAGACUGCCCGUGCCUUAGCAAUGAUGUAUGGCUAUACCAAGAUUGUGAGCCUCAUUGACUCACGUUCUCCGCGGAUAAAAGCAGGACACUUUGAAGACCUGAGCUCCUCCGAGGACUCGGACAGCGCACCCCCGAGGAUAAGGCCGAGUCGAAACCGAGCUAAAGGCAUUAGCAUCCACGAUGGGCCUCAGGCCAUCGCCAAGUUCCGAGUAGGAGGCAGCAGCAAACUGUGUGAGCCUCCACCUGUGCCACCAGGCUACAUGACGUUCCGUGAUAUCGGUGAACAGAGUGAGGGCAUCUGCUACCGUGAUGUGACCUCACCUAUCAACGAGCUGGACGGCCAGAGCAACAGCAGCAGAGAUGACAGUCCAUUCUUUGACAAUGACAUGCCGACCAUGAGGAGCAGCAGCAGCAGCAGCGAAGGCCUGCCUCAUGGGAUUGGCCUCAACUGGGAAGGCUCUGUGGAGAGUAACGAGGUGAAGAGCAUAGAAAUCCCACUAUUAUUGAGGCAAACAACUGUUUUUUUUUUAUAUGCAGUGACAGACAGAUGUACCUUUGUCCACCAGGACUCGGACCAGUGCAAAAAGAGCAGCUCUCGCAGAGCAAAUAAGGGUCAUCACUCAAAAGGCAAGAGUCGCCACGGAAGCAACGACGCAGCUCACUCCAGCGGUACUGGGAACUGUGGGACACGCUCACAUGUUGUUCCCCCGCCCUCCUACACUGGUCCAAAGGAUCUGGCUGAGUUUUUGGAGCAAAUUGGCUUCUCUAAGUAUCUUCCAUUACUUGAAGAGCAAGACAUUGAUCUGCGGAUAUUUCUCACCCUGACUGAAAAUGACCUCAAAGAAAUAGGAAUCACAUUGUUUGGACCCAAGCGUAAGAUGACCUCGGCUAUUGCAAGGUGGCACAGCAGUGCCCGACCACCCAGCGAUGGUCUGGAACAGGCUUAUGCUGAUCAGCUUGAGGCUGAGAUGCAGGAGAUGGCCAUUCAGCUCCACAAGCGCUGCGAGGAGGUGGAGAACCUGCAGAGUCAGGUGUCUCAAGAGAAGGAGCUGCGUACUGUGAUGGAGGGCUGUCUGAUGGAGGACAAGAUGGCAUGGAGGAGGGUCCACACUGAGCUGGUGGAGAACCACCGUCUGGCUCAGGACAUGAGCGCCACACUAGCGAAGGCUAGGACCUGCCGCACUGAACUGCUCUCCUGCCUCGCCACUGAUGGCAAAGGCAGCUCUUAUACUGGCGUGGAAGAUAAAGCAAAAGAUGACACUGGUGUUAAAGAGGGCCUGACCCGCUCCAGUGUUGUCGAGCUAAUGAAGAAGCUGGAUUCCUAUGAAGAAGAACUGGCGGGGACCCUGCAAACUGUGCUACAGAGUCUGAGGAGACUGAGUGCCGCUGAAAAAGUCUCAGACAGCUGGGAACGGCCUUAACUUUUCCAGGGGUUUCUGCCACUUUUUGACGGAGGGUGAUCUGACCACCCUGAACAAUCUCACUGAAAUGGGAGAAGGCCAAACACAAGUCAGCCCUCCUGGACUCGAAGCAGCCGGCCUACUGACCCUCUGGGAUUGGCUGAUGGACCAGAGCUCGCCAGAUGUGGACAAGGCGAAGGGUAAUGGCAGCUGCAGCAGGGAAACGACAAGCAGGCAGGGUGGGUACCAGACCCCCCCACCCCACAUGCUUGUGCUGGUGAAUACUGGACUCCAGUAGUUGGGUUGUGAAAAUGCACAGAGAGGAGGAGGAGGAUGAGGAAGGACUGAUCGUGGAUCAGAGGCUGUAAUACUGUGAAGCAUUUGUACAAAACCGUACUCUCUUCCUAUAUGAAAUGAGGUUUGAAUGAUCUUCAUGCCCCAUAUGAAGAGGUACAAUUCUUAAGUAAGUAGAGAAAUAGUGUUAGUUUAGUUAAAAUAAGUUCUGCAGAGCGGCACAUGAUGAUUUGAAUGAAAUCUUCUAAUUUUUAUGCUGUUUGAAAAUAACGUCCUGCUGAAUGAUGAUGAAGAUCCUACACAAGGAAAAUGCCUGAAACCUGUAAAGAUCCAUCAGUUAAUCAUUUACAGCUUUUUAAUCCAUUGUCAUUCAGUGGACAUGAAUUAUGAGUAAAAUUAUAACAUCUAAGAUCCGACUGGAAAAAAUAGCAGCUUAGUAUUGUUCUUCAAAGCAUAAAUAAUUGACGUUCCAGUUUCAGAUUGCACUCAGUGGAGUUGUCAAGUGGUUUAUUUUCUAGUAGAUUCACUGCAUAUUUCUAGAACGGGAUCUAUUUUACCCUGAAAUCCUCCCAAAGCUUUAAAAUGCUGGACAUUCUCGGUUGUAUCUGGACUAAAAUCAAAACCUAGUUGCCUGAAAGUUAAAGGCAGUUAUUUCAGUUUUGUUUCAUUUUUCUGCUUGUUUUAAUUUGACAAAUACACAUAUGUACAACU